AUGCGUCCGGCGGUGCGGCUGCUGCAGCCAUUGGAGGCUCCAUCCCUCCAGCUGUCGAAGUCGUUAUAUGUCUGUUCCAAUUGCCGGCAGGACUUUCUUCCCCGAGCGUCCCCAAGCCCGCAGACGACCCGUCGCAAUGCCUCAGGGAACGUCCCCUUCACCGAGAAGGUGCGACGCAAGCUCUGGGGCACCGAUAACCCGCCUGGUCUGAAGGAUCCCUACGGAGGAGAGGGUGUUAUCGAGAAGGCUAUCCGCAAGCGGACUCAAGGAGAUGUUGAGCAGAAGCAGGAGCCGGAGCCGGAGAAGGAGGUUGAGCAACUUUCCGAGACCCAAGCAGAGAUUGCACCUCCUCAGGAGUAUACGCCUGCAACGACAUGGGACGGGCUCGAGCGCGUUGGACACCUCGGCAGGUGGUCUGACUUCCCGCCCACGGAAGCAGAUGAAUAUGUUGGAUUCGUGUCGAAUCGCAAGCUUGUCAAGAAGGAGUAUCUGCAUCUUGCUGCGCACCAGACGGCUGUCGAGCUGUGCCUGAUGCACGAACUGAAUAAGCCUCUGACCCGUGUCUGUGAUAUUAUUGAGCACGAAAAAUCCGUGUUCAAGAUGAUCUGGAAGUGCAAGAUCCAGCCGACUGAAGACAGUGGGAGCUUGACCGGACGGCUGGUCUUCGCCAACCAGAGUCAUAAGGAUACUCUGUACUAUGUCUUCGAGCAGGUCGGACGCGAUCCGGAGCCAGAGCCGGAGGCGGCUUCGAAGGAGGCAAGCUCGGAGGAGGCAGCUGAAGAUGCCGAUGCCGUUGAAGAGGAGCAGCCGGAGGAGGUCGAGCAACCACGCCGAUCCCCCGGCUUGCCUUUCUUUGGAAUCCAGAAGGUUCGCGAUACGGGAUUCAUGUCUAUCACAUUGAACGAUCCCGCCACGAAAUUUGCUUUCCUGAAAAGAUUCGCUCAACUUACCGGCUACCACUUCCCGGACCCAGUCGUCAGCUCCAUCACCUCCGUGAAGCAAGCGAUUGAGUACCUGCAGGGGAUCAUCAACCCCCCACCGAAGAAGCUUGCCGAACAGCUCGUGAAGAAGGACUCUCUGAAGAAUCUGCCCAACGUCAAGAUCUACACAAAGAGAUACACGCGGUCGCACGAGGACGAGGAACUGGGACGCAAGAAGGUCAUUGAGGCAGAGCUCCGUCAGUACAUUCCAAUAGAAGAUGAAAUUCCUCAGAAGCUUCUAAGAAAAAGACUUUGUUCUGUUCUUGUUGGGAUUGUAAUUGUUAAAGAAAAAAAGAUAUUAUCAUCAUGA